AUGGCCAAGAGCAACCCGGUUGCAACACCGUUAAACCCGAACGACAAGCUUACAGUUGAUAUGCAACCAACCGACGAUGAAGAGGCCGAACGAAUGAAGCGUGUUCCGUACAAGGAGGCCGUAGGAUGUCUGAUGUACCUGGCGCAGUGCACACGUCCGGACAUAUGCCACGCUGUCAACGUUUUGUGCCGGUUCAAUGAAAAACCCCGGAGAAAAACAUUGGAACGCCGUCAAACAUCUGCUGAGAUACCUGAGAGGCACCUCGAAGUUUCGACUAACGUACAAGAAGGACGCCGACUCGACGAUUACAGGGGUGGUGCGAUUUCCUGGUGCUGCAAACGUCAACAGACUGUAGCGCUUUCGACUUGUGAAGCCGAGUACAUGGCGCUCUCGGCAGCCGUUCAAGAAGUGCUUUGGUGGAAGCGCCUGCGUGCAACGUUUGAUGCCGAUGAAGCGGUCUAG